AUGGCCUCCAUGUUCGAGGCUCUCCAACCACAUCAAGAAGACCGUCUCCACCUCAGGCUUCAUCGCGCAAGGUCUGUCGUCUUGACAAGUAACGAGCUCGUCGAACUGCGCGCAGCCCAACGCACGUUUGAGGGUGCUUACAUGCGCACGGCACUGGGCCAGUUCUCAUUCGCCCUCAUCAUCCUCAAAAUCUUCAACUCGGACUUCUAUACCAUCGGCGCCCUCUUUGCCGUGUACGGGGCUGCCAUCAUGCUCGUCGCCGCCUACCGCCGCUACGAGGGCAACAGCCAGUUCUUCGAUCGCGUUGAGAGCGAGGAUCAGUCCUUCGAGGAGAGCGAUGGCGCGGGCGGUUCGAUCCGGCACCUACGGAGAGUUCGGGUGGUUAAGAAAAUAUUCCGCACUAGCGGCAACAGCGUCGCGCUUCUGGUGUUGUUGAGCUUCAGCUCCUACGUGGCACUAAUGGUGCUGCUGUGGCACCUUGGCACAUGA